UCCUCGAGCGCUCGGUUCCCGGAACUUUCCCUGGAGUGCGGGCGGGUGGGGAGGUGCUGCCGCUGCCAGCCCCGCUUGUGACUCCCAGGAUGAGCCGGAAGCGAAGGGCAGCCGAGGCGAGGGGCGCGGGCCUGGCACUGGAGCUGCGCUGGGAGUGGCAGGACCCCGGUGGCACCUGGCAUCGCUUCGUGCCUGAGCAGAGCGAGGUGCUGACACAGGCAGCCAGGGCAGGGAAGCCCAGCGUGGCCGUGGGCUCACAUGUGGACCUGCGGCGGAUGGUGCAGCGAGAUGGGCAGACGGGGCAGGACAGAUGCGUGGCAGCCGCUGUCCAGGACCAGGACUCCUAUUUCGUGUGGUGCUGGCAGGGGGACGAAGAGGGGGAAUGGCUUCCCUACCCUGCCGAUACCUGCCUGGCGCUGGAGCAAGCACGGCACGGCGACGGGGGGCCCAGCCUAGAGGUGACGUUCAGUCGGACCCGCUACACAUUGGACACAGCACAGAUGACCCAGACCAACGUCAGAACUGGGUACCAGCGCCGGAUGGAGCGGAGGGAGUCAGACGCUGUGGAUAAUGAUGGGGGAUCUGAGCCCAGCUUUGUCCCUGGCUCCUCGUCCCCCCAACGGCCCCCAGCGCCGAAGAGACGCCAGGAUGUGGGGGCCAGCCCCAACCCCAGAGCCGGGGAAGAGAGCACAGAGGUCGUCAAGACCCUGAUUGUGAAGGGGAAGGCGCCGGUGGAUCCCGAGUGCUUGGCUAAACUGGGGAAGGCCCACGUGUACUGCGAAGGGGACGACGUCUACGAUGUGAUGCUCAACCAGACCAACCUCCAGUUCAACAACAACAAAUUCUACGUCCUACAGCUGCUGGAGGACGAUGGGCCGCGGAGCUACAGCGUCUGGAUGCGCUGGGGGCGUGUGGGGCGGCCGGGCCAGCAUGCACUGGUGUCCUGCGCUGGGGACCUCACCCAGGCCAAGGAGGUCUUCACUAAGAAGUUCCUUGACAAGACCAAAAACCACUGGGCCGAGCGGGGCAACUUCCAGAAAGUGCCUGGCAAGUAUGACCUGCUGCACAUGGACAGCCGGCCCCCUGCCGCAGAGCUGAGCUGCACAGGGGCACCCCAGCCCAAACCGGCCUCACGACUGGACCCCCGAGUGCAGGCGCUGCUGGGGCUGAUCUGCGACCUCCAGGCCAUGGAGGAGAUGGUGCUGGAGAUGAAGUAUGACACCAAGAAGGCUCCUCUUGGGAAGCUGACGGUGGAGCAGAUCCGGGCUGGGUUUCAGUCACUGCAGAAGGUGGAGGUGGUUCUGCGGGCCGGGGACACUGGACGGGCCCUGCUGGAAGCCUGCAAACGAGUUCUACACCCGUGUGCCCCAUGA